AUGAAAGAAGGCGUUAAAGAAAAAUAUCCCAAUCUUUUCACUGGUCUUGGACAAAUUAAAGACCAAGAGUAUGAUAUUAAAGUCACGCACGAAGCAACACCUUUUGCAAUCACGGUUCCACGACAAGUUGCGAUACCACUUCGAAAAGAAACCGAACGGGAAUUACAAAGAAUGGAACGCAACGGAAUAAUAUCUCGAGUUGAAGAUCCAACCGAAUGGUGCGCCCCGAUGGUUGUAACGCCAAAAAGCAAUGGAAAAGUUCGAGUAUGCGUAGAUCUCACAAAGCUUAAUCAGUUCGUGCAACGUGAAAACCAUCCCCUACCAACAACCGACACGACAUUUGCAAACAUUGCUGGAGCUCGGUAA